UCUCUCUUCUCUCUGUCCGUCUCUUUCUCUCUCUGUCUCUUUCUCUAUCUUUCAAAACCCUAAUUCCAUCUCUCCGAUUCAGUUUCAGCCUCGAUAGCACAUCGCUUUCUCUCUCCUCGCCCUUCCAUUUCUCUUGACGAUUCCCAUUCCGCUGCGAUUCUUCCGACGAUUUUCUGCCUCUGCAUUUACAGUGCAGGAACGUGGUUGCUUUUGAAGAUGUCUCCAGCGUCAAGAUCCAAAUCGAAAGACAAAAAGGCUACCAAGGAGUCUCAAAAGGCUUCUUCAAAAGCUUCAGUACCAGCUAGUGCUGGCAGUGGUAUUCCAGCUAGUGCAUACAAUCCAGUCUUGGGAACAUUUCAUACUCUUGAAUUGUCACCAACAUCCCCUGCAUCAUCUCUUCAGACUAACGGUCGCUUUCAAAACAUUGAUGAGUCAGAUGAGCACUCAGGGAGCACACUUGCAGCUGGGGCUGAGUAUGAUUCUGUUUCCAACAAUGGCAGCUGGUCUGGCGAAUCUGAAGAUCAUAAAGAGAAGACCUCUAAUCUUCCAGUCCGCCAGGAAACAAUACCAGGUGCUGACAAUGACAAACGGGAAAAAAUACGCCAAAAAAAUGAGAAAAAGCAUCAGCGUCAGAAGGAGCGGCGAGCUCAAGAAUUGCAUGAACGGUGCAGUGGCUAUCUUAUGUCAAGAAAGCUUGAAGCACUAGCUCAACAGUUCGUGGCAAUGGGUUUUUCUCAAGAACGUGCAACAAUGGCUCUUAUACUGAAUGAAGGUAGAGUAGAAGAAUCGGUUGCAUGGCUUUUUGAAGGUGGUGAAGAAGCUGAUAAGUUCAGGGAUCAAAACCUUGGUGAGAGUAAUCUGAAAAUUGACAUAUCAGAAGAGCUUGCUCGGAUUGCAGAUAUGGAAACAAGGUAUAAGUUCUCAAAGCAGGAGGUUGAAAGAGCUGUUGUGACCUGUGAAGGUGAUCUUGAUAAAGCAGCAGAAAGCUUAAAAGCAAUGAAGCUAGAGCCUCCUUCCGCACCACCUAAGCCAGAAGAAACUGGUGAUCCUCCAACCGUUGCUAAUGGUAAGCUUUCACUUGCAGCGAGUCAGAAUUUGAGGCCUCAAGCAAAAUCUCUUCCUCCUACAAUACAACAAAGAAAAGACGAAAGAGAUUUCAACUACACAAAGCAAACUGUUACAGUGUUAGGAUCUUCAGAAUCUGCAAGCAAAAAUUUGCAGCCUUUGAAGAGAGUUCAGCCAAAGUUGGAAUGGGCAAAAUCCCAACAAGCAGCGAUGCCUGGUGACAAAAGGUGGCCAAAUGCAGGGUCAAAUCCUUCUGUUUCCUAUUCUUUGGCAUCACCAUUGCAGGUUUCGUCUUCACCAGCCAAGGCAGAAACCCGGUAUGUAACUGUUGGAAAUGAUGUAAAAAACCUACAGGCAGGGGCAGUGAGGGAGCCAGUUAUUAUGAUGCAGCGCCCUCAAUCCCUAAAUACAAAGCAGGUUCAGGCUAGUAUGAGCUCGUCGCUUCCUGGCAUAGCCGCCAGUUGGUAUCCUACGAGCAGUGUAGAAGUUAUGAGGUCUAGUGGCUUUGUGCCCCAUAUUCCUAGUAGCAGCACAAGCCUCAGCCCUAACAAGCUGAGCUCAAAUCAGAUGUAUCACCAGUUUCAAUAUCAACAACAGCCACAGCUUGUUCCGGGCAGCGGCCCCGGGGAAUCCUCCUUAACAAGCCGCGUGAAUGGUUUAUGGAGUAGAACAGGUGCAUCUCCAACUCUGGCUGCUGCUUCUUCCCUUGGGCUAUUCUCUGGGUUGGGUUCAGCUGGCUCAUCAGGCGCAUCUUCUCCUGUAGACUGGAAUACCGGUGGCUCAAUGCUGCAUUUAGAUUACAACAGCAUCGAUUGGACCUUGGAUAGAGGGUUGUCCACGUCAAGGCCUAAUGGACUGUUGCUAGGGGUUGCCUCCUAUAUGAAGAACAGUGCCAACAUCUACGAUUCAAAAACUUCCGGGGUGGCUGCUCAGCCCGCAAUGAGGUCGUCUUCCUCCAAUGUGAAUGGUGUUUCCAUAACGGGAUUGCAGGAUGGUGUAGCUACUAGUUCUGAAACAUCGGCUGCCGGAUCUCGGGACUGGACAUCUCCAUUUGAAGGGGAGGAUCUUUUUAGCUUACCCAGACAGUUUGUUUCUUCUCCUUCUCUUUAAGCGUGGAAAAUAUUUCAAUGAAUAAAUAAAAAAAAAAAAGAAAAAAAAGACCCCAAAGAUGUGCGUGGAUUUGGUGUUGGUGUUGGUUCAUAUAUGGAUGCUUCAGUGUUGUUGGUGCAUAACCUUCAGUGAAAAAGCAUCUGAAAGUCCUUUGCUUUAUCCUUUGUCUCUUGUUGCAUCACUUUUUUUUUUCUUUUUCUUUUUCUUCAUCACUUUUUUUUUCUUUU